AUGACCCCGGAGGAUAUCCUCGCAGAACAUGAGCUAAGGCGGGAGCGGGAGCGCUUUAGGAAGAGGAAGAACGGCUUAAUCAAAAAGUCCGAGCAGCUUAGGAGAGUCUAUGUUUGCGACAUUGAAGUCAAGAUCCGUGAUCGCGGCUCUGGCUUCUGGUAUUUAUACCGAACUACACGUGAAGAGUUCCCUUCGUUCGCGCAGCUAAGAGAAGACUAUCCAGCAAUGAUCGCCGAGGAUCUCCUCCCUGAAAACUUUACUACCGAGGACGAAGGAAGUAACGACGAAUAUGACGACGGCGAGAGUAGUAGAGAAGCGAGAGCUACCCGAAGGAGGGUCAAAGACAUCCGGCUCAAAACAAGAAAGGGGGGGAAGGGCGUGCGUCAGGCUACCCCGAAGAAGAAAGUCGCACGAGAGGCGCCACGUCCUUCGCUCUCACCACCGCCCUUUCUCAAACUGCCAGUUCGGAGCGUAUAUAAUAAAGGUAUCGAUGCUCGGGGCUGUCGCGGAUUACAGACGGCAAGCGCAUGCAGCGAUAAGGAUCCCUGGGUGCUGCCCCCAGUACCAGUGCUCCUGGCGAUUUAUGACAGAAAUUUUACACCGCAACAGCUGCCGGCAAGUAGGCUCACUCAUGUACUCUACGCAUUUGCAAAUGUGAAGCCAGACACAGGAGAGGUGUACUUGUCCGAUACCAAAGCAGAUACUCAGAAACUUCUCACGAGAGACUCGCGGGGUGAUGGCAGCGGCAGCAACCUUCACGGCUGCCUUGAACAGCUUUAUCUUCUCAAGAAACAGAAUCGUAAUCUGAAGGUCCUGCUCUCGAUAGGUGGCUGGGAUUAUUCUUCGAACUUCGCGGUACCGGCAUCUACCCCGGCAGGGCGCUCAACAUUUGCCUCGUCCGCCGUUUUCCUGGUCAAGAAUCUUGGCCUUGAUGGGCUUGACAUCGACUGGGAGUACCCAUUGGGUGAUGCUCAGGCCCUGGAUUAUGUGCUCUUGCUUCAAGCCGUCAGAAGUGCCCUCGACGCCUACGGGGAUUCGUUGGAACCACAGCAUCGUUUCACGCUGACCGUGGCUAGCUCUGCUGGGCCAGCUAUAUACCAGCAGAUGCGCCUGGUUGAUAUGAAUCGAUACGUGGAUUUCUGGAAUCUCAUGGCCUAUGAUUAUGCCGGAUCGUGGAGUGCGGUGGCCGGGGACCAAGCAAACCUCUUCCCCUCCCCAAGCAACCCAGCGACCACGCCCUUCAAUACUGAGAUGGCAGUUAUGUACUACAUCUCUCAGGGCAUCUUAGCCAGCAAGAUCGUACUUGGCAUGCCGCUUUACGGCCGGUCAUUUGAAGCUACCGAGGGCCGGGGGAGGCCGUUCCACGGCGUCGGUCGAGGUAGUUGGGACGCUGGCGCGUAUGACCUCAAGGUGCUGCCCCUAGACGAGGCACCAGAGGUUCACGAUAACGAAACGGGAUCAAGCUAUAGCUACAGCGCUGCAAAGAAAGAAUGGAUUAGCUACGAUACUGUCGACGUGGCAAAGCAGAAGGCGGCAUGGAUCCGGCAGAUGGGGCUCGGGGGAGCGAUGUGGUGGGAGAGCAGCGGUGAUAGGCUGGGUGAGAAGAGCUUAAUUCAGAACGUCGUGGGGUUUCUGAGUGGUGAGGGUGGCGGCCUUGAAAGCUCCCCGAACCAACUUCUCUACUCGGAUAGCACUUACGAGAACCUUCGGGCAGGCAUGCCCGACUCCGGACAUCUUCCUUCAGCAUCUACAGCCGCCUCGGUCCCUGGUACACGUUCAUGUUCUUCUUUACAAACAUCGGGCUUGCCGGUUCCUUCACCGAUAUCUGGAACCGUCACCAUUUCUUUGAACUCUACAUUAACCUCGACACCAGCAACGAGCUUGGCGACACGGAGAGAUACGGAUCAGACUCUCACCGCUAAAGGUGGUACGCUGACAAUAACUCCAUCGGCAAUAUACGCAUCUUCGCCACCAGGUAUUAUCGUCGUUGGUACGACAACGACAACCAUAACCCCUCCUUCGUCGCCAGCUACUCCUGCUUGUGGCUGUGGAACCUACUUCUGUGAGCUUGUGCACAAAGAAUUCGGACUGCGGUGUUAA